AUGGAAACAAGCAAUGGAAGUUCCACAACAGACUUCAUCCUUCUAGGGUUUUCUGAUCGACCUCAGCUAGAGAGCAUCAUCUCUGUGAUUGUCUUCAUCUUCUAUAUUGUGACUCUGGUAGGAAACACAACCAUCAUUCUUGUAUCUUAUCUAGACACCCAGCUUCAUACCCCCAUGUAUUUCUUCUUAUCUAAUUUGUCUUUUCUGGACCUCUGUUAUACAACUAGCAUUAUCCCCCAGAUGCUGGCAAAUCUAUGGGGUCCCAAAAAGUCUAUUACAUAUGGAGGGUGUGUGCUCCAAUUCUUCUUUGCCCUUGACCUGGGAGCCACAGAAUGUCUUCUCUUGGCUGUGAUGGCCUAUGAUCGCUAUGCUGCUGUYUGUCAACCUCUUCACUACACAGUAAUAAUGCACCCUGAGCUUUGCCAGAAGAUGGUGCUGACCUCCUGGUUGGGUGGUCUUGGAAGUGCCUUAAUUCUUUGCUCUUUGACUAUGAAGUUGCCAAGAUGUGGACACCGGGAAGUAGAUAAUUUUUUCUGUGAAAUGCCAGCAUUGAUCAAGAUGGCUUGUGUCUAUUCAAAAGUAAUUGAGAUUGUUGUCUUUGCUCUUGGAGUAGUAUUUCUUCUAGUACCUCUAUCAUUAAUUCUCUUUUCAUAUGGAGUUAUCACUCGAGCUGUGAUAAGGAUCAGAUUAGCAGGAAGGUGGAAAAAGGUCCUAAAUACAUGUGGUUCCCACCUCACAGUAGUAACUCUUUUUUAUGGAACAAUCAUUUAUAUGUACAUGAAGCCACAGAAUACCACAUCCCAAGAGCAAGGAAAGUUCUUUACUCUCUUUUACACAAUUGUCACACCCAGCCUUAACCCCCUAAUCUACACUUUAAGAAACAAAGAUGUGAAGAGUGCAGUGAAGCGAAUACUAGUGAUAGAUAAAUGUUCAGCAAAAGCAUGA